UGUGCCGUUUCAGCCUCCGGUCUAGAUGAUCGUUUGUUCCUGAAUAAUGACACUGAAAGUUUAACAGCCAUUUAACCGAAAUGAACAGUGAAUUCGUCUGUGAAAACGUCAGGGCACCAACGUUUCUUCUAGCCCAUCCUGCUUCUAGCUGUUUCUCAGUCAGGACAGGAGGGGCGUAGGAAGGGAACGCUUUGUAAAGUGAACGCCACGCUGCGUUCAGACAUGCGCAGAGAGGAAUGACAUUGCAGAACGGGCGUGGUUUGAAUGUAAUCUAAAAAUCCCGUACAAUAACAACAACAGCCUAACAGAAGUAAACCGUUCAAUUAUCAACAACAAGGUCAAGUAAUAGGUGAUAAAUUACAAUAAAGCUGUACGAUAAACACUACGCGAGUGACAGCGGCGGACCGAGCAUGUCUGUUCACGUUAACAGGGGGAGAAGUGUGUUGUGCGGUUUGCAGGAUGAGGCGGAAGAGGACAGUCUGGAGAGCAUGGACAACGACGGGACGGCAGUGAUGAUGAGAUCCAGAGGCCCCAGUCCCCUCAGUGACAGUAUGGUGUCCGAGGCGGAUGAUGAAGGUCUCAUCAAUGAAAUCACACAUGAAAUACCAUGUGAUUCGCAUGAGGCAGAGAGCGUCAUUUCGACUGAGAUAUAUGGAGCUGAUUUGCAAAGAACUCUGGGAGAGAUUCUUGCAUACUGUCAGGUUACAUAUGGAGCCAUUCUGAAACUCGAUGAGAAGUUUGAGAUGCUCCAGGCGAAAGUAGCAAGCAUCCAGAAUCCAGCUGUCCUCUCUCAGAGGACACAUUUGUCAUCCAGCUACAGAGACCGCUGCCAGGCCAAGUCUGAGGCGUCGAUGCCCCGUCUCGUUCAUAUCUCCUCUACAUCUCCCCUUCCAUCUGUGGAGAGCUGGAAACCUCCUGCCCUCUCCCCCGGCCCAGAGGUGCCCAGCCCUCCACGACUCCUCAUCCAGAACCCGGCGCCAACCCACGCAACACAAGAGCCUCUCAGCACGGAUGAGACGAGUCUAAUGCCGCAACAUCAGGAGCGAGUGAAGAGUCCUGCUGAAAUCAGCCCAGCGUCAACCACAGACCUUUACAAGACGAGUGGUCUGGGUAGCUCCGAUAGGAAGGUGUUCCUGUCAAACUGUAUCCUACAGAGGGCUGGUAAAAUGGCACGUCCUGGUGCGGCGGUGCGGUACCUCACACGAAACAUUUUCACAGUGGAGGAACUUUCUCAAAGCAGCACAAAUGGAAACCCAACCAGACGCCUAAAGAGACUCGACCCAAACAAGAUCAAUGCCAUGAGAGAGUGGGCUGUAAAGAGAUACCCAAAAUUUGAUCUUCGAGAGAAAGGCAAAGACUGGAAAGUGUGUCUGUCUGUAAUAAACUCAAUGGCCCGCUACUAUCGGUUCAUGGACAAGACACGGAAGCUAAAGAUUGAAGAAAGUGUAAAAGCGGAGAACAGUGGAUCAGUGGCAUCAGAGCUGAAGGCAGCUGCGUGUGAAGCAGCUGCAGAGAUCGAUGUUGAACUGUCUGACAGCGACACGGAGCAGAAACAGCAGCAAGUGCUGAUGAGCCACAUCACUGAGGAAUACGACAUGCCCGACGACUGGGAAUCUAACGGCGUGUAUCUGGGCCCCCCUCAUCGGGAUGUGAAGGUUCCUGGGUUUGCCUUGUCUGCAGCACAUCUGCGCACACGUCCUGAGCUCAUCGCGCGGUAUCUCAUUAAAUUCAUCUUCCCAGAGGAUGUGCUGGUGCGCAGUAAUGUUUACGGCGGGGUGCGGCGCGGCAUUCAGGCUCUCGACCACAACAAGAUCUCUGCACUAAGAGAGCACCUGUUGGAGCGCUUCCCCUGGAUGAAGCUGGAGGAAGACGGAAGUGACUGGAAGGUGUGCGUUGGAGCUAUAAACAGCACCAUCCGCAAGUUUCGAUACGAGCGCAAGAUGGGCAUAAAGAGAGGGAUACGCUAGAGCAGUUAAAAACGGCUCAAUGACAUUGAAGUGAAAUAUUAAUUU